AUGCAUUGUGAAAACAUCACCAGGCAAGAAUUGCUUUGCGAGCCGACCCUUCGGGGCGUCACGAUUUGCAGUGACCCUCAUUCGGCCUCGAGUACCGUGGCCAUGGUAUGCCGGGAACUAUUGUUCAAGAUGCAUUCAGCGUUUCUAGCCAAUAGGAAGCACCUCUCAAAAUGCCAUCCUUUGGUCUAUAAGUACGCCUUAACCUCGAUCGUGUCGUUAGGGUCAGAUGGGCUUGUCAGUUCACAGGCCUACCACUUCCGACUGGUAGGACCGGAAGUGAAAACUUGA